CUCAGUCGUGUACAAUGAGUGUACCGAAGCAGCCUCGGUAUGAGGCCGUCCCGUCGACAACAGAAUACGACACCGAAGCGGAUGAACUAUCGGUCACCGAGCAGUACGUCGUAGAUUCGAACUCUAAUGGCGAACGACACGGCAAGGCUGCAACAGUAGCCCUACCGCCACCGCAACCUCUCAGUAUCUCUUGGGUUCACCGAUGCGCGAGGCUGGUGCUAGACCUGGUUGUCGCGUUGCUGGCGCUGCUAUUCACAUACUUUGGACUCAUGGUGCGUGUUUACGACAGGAGUCUGGCAGAGCAUGGCUCAGUAGGAUACCAGCUGUUCCAAAUUUCGCAAUAUGGACCUACCUUCUUUCCAGUUCUGUUCGCGGCCAUCGCAAGUACUAGCUUGAAGAGCAUCGCUACCUGGCAUGUCCAAGGUAGCAAAGGUGCUUCGAUCGGAUUCCUCGAGCAAUGUCUCGGGAGCCAAACUAUCUCACGCGCCUUCACGACACAGAUUAACCUCCGGGCAUUCAAUCUUCUGGCAGUCGUGAUUGUCGUGAUAUGGUGCAUAUCUCCAUUGGGAAGUCAAGCAUCGUUGCGAGUCAUCUUCAUAGCACCCACUUAUCUCGGUAAGGAGAUAACUCUGACGGCAUUAAAGACCUUCCCGCCGAGUCUCUACAGUAUGUACGAUGGAGUGACAUCGACUUUUACCCCGAUUUCUAGCAGUCUGAUUGCCUCAAUAAUGGCGACCAGACUCCUAGACACGCGGAACCAAGACAUAUGGGGAAAUUUGCGGUUUCCUGCCAUUGAAUUCUUUGAAACAAUGGGAGGUACUGACUGGAUCGACAUUCAGAAUGGACAAAAUGUGACGUACCCAUCUCUCGCAGGUAUGCCAGUAGGCGAUCUACCUUCACUAGGCAACACAUCGUUCACUCUCUCGGGCUCCUACCUCUCUGUCUCCUGUCCUAUAUUUGGGCCAACAGACCAAUACAGAAAUUUCACCAAAGACCUCCCUUCGAAGCUAAAGUCCCCCUCUGACGAUCCGAUGUGUGCCUACCAAGUCGCCGAAAUAGCCAUGAAUGCUCAGCUGGCGAUAUCAAAUCGGUGUUACGCCGCAACGGUCCCUCAGGGACAGUCUCUUGAAGCGAGGAGACUCCUGUGGAUAUCCUUCAGUAAGACUAGCGGUGGCUAUAGCAAAUCAACGCGAGCAGAAUGUAUACUCACAACGACAUACGUCGACACAAACAUGACUUGCACAGGGUCUCAGUUCGGAGAAGCAUCUGGAAGCACUUGUAACCCUUUCGCGGUGCGCCGAACACCCGAUCCCCCAGCGGAUAGGAACAUCACCGUCUUCGACGAGGAGGACUUGUACGCCGAUGUGGGACUUCUCGGCCUGAUGACCAUGCUGGAAACGGUAUUUACUGAACUUGAUGGCAAGGAGAACCCACUGCUGGUUUACUUUACGAAUCCGUACAAUGCUAUCGGCAGCGGAGUCACGGGACCAAUCCACGAGGUGACGGACCGCGCAACGUUCGAGCUCCGUAUGGCACAACUGUUGAACACGAUCGCGUACAUUAGUGUCAACUCCACGGCAGUGACGGGCAAUUUUGAUGCCACAGAGAGAGGGCUCGGAACUUUGUUCAAUAUCACAGGAUUUACAAUUGAAGAGAGGGAGGUCAUUCGAUGCAACGUUGUCUGGCUGUGGUUGCUCACUUUCGCGUCCCUGUUUGCGUUCGUCUUCGCGGUUGCGGGCGCAGUCCUUCGUCUCUUCACUCUCACGCCCGACAUGUUGGGGUCAACUGCAAUCGCCUUUCUGGAUCAUAGAUUGGGGGAGGUGAAAGGUUCCUCUACAUGGUCGUCUGAUGAGUGGGUACGAUAUCACAGGAACGCAAAGAUUCGUUUUGGAGAUGUCGAGCCGGAGGCUGAGGUCGGAAGGAUUGCUCUAGCUGCAGUCAAAGGAGAGGCAGUUAGGUCGGUUGAGAAGAGAAGGUAUUAUGCAUGAGGCCUUCGGUAGC